AUGACAACAAUAACACCAUCACCACCCAACGACCCAGACCCAGAGCGUGAGCCCUUCCUCCGCCCCUCAUCUCCCACCCUUACACAAACCAGCAGCAGCAGCAGCAGCAGCAGCAGUGACGCAACAAGCCGCCACCACCAUCCCCCCCCAUCACCCACCCCCCUCCCCCUCAUCGCUGCCUCCAUGCUCUCCUUUACCGUCCUCGGAACCAUGGUAUCAACCCUCGGCGUCAUGGUGCCCCAAUUCGAGUCCCACUACGCCCUCUCCGACCUGCAGGUCUCCUCCGUGUUCCUCGUCUGGCCCGUAGGCUACGUCGGCGCGGCCUGGCUCAACGGCGUCGUGCACCUGCGGUUCGGGCAGCGGGGGAUCGCGGCGCUCGGCCCCUUCUUCCACAUCGUGUUCGCGGCGGCCGCGGCGCUGCACCCGCCCUUUCCCUUGCUGCUGGUCGCGCUGGCCGUGGGCUCGCUGGGGACCGGGAUCCUGGACGGCUCGUUUUGCGCGUGGGCGGGCGGCGUGGAGAACGCGAAUGUGGUGCAGGGGUUCCUCCACGGCUCGUACUCGGCUGGGGCGGCGCUGGGGCCGUUUCUGGCGGGCACGAUGCUCGAGGCGUCGCAUUUGGCUUGGUAUACGUGGUACUACGUUCUGUUAGGAUUUUCCAUCCUCGAGUCCAUAGCCCUCCUCGUCGCCUUCCGGUCCGAGGACUCCUCGAAGUACCGCUCACAGCACAACCAAGAAGACCCUCAUCCCGCAACACAGGCCGAGCCCCCCACCACCACCCCCACCACCACCAAAGCCAUCUUCAAACACGCCGUAACCUACAUCUGCGCCGCCUACUUCCUCGCCUGCAUCGGCACCGAGAACUCCGUGUCGGGGUGGAUCGUCGUCUUCAUGACGCGCGUGAACCACGCAUCCCCCUACCUCGCCUCCCUCUCCUCCUCGGGCUUCUGGAUCGGCCAGGCCGCCGGCCGCCUGACCCUCGGCCUCGUGACCGAGAAGCUCGGCGUCCGCCUCGCCACCCUCGUCUACCUCUUCGCCGCCUUGGCCUUCGAGGCCCUCUUCGCCGCCCUCCGCCUGCCCGAGCUCUCCGCCGUCGCCAUCACUCUGCUAGGCUUCUGCCUCGGCCCGCUUUUCCCUUCUGGCGUGUUUAUGAUGACGCGGUUGUUGCCGAGGGAGCUGCAUGUCGGCGCUAUCUCCUUCGUGGUCUUGAUCGGUCAGGUUGGGGGGGCUCUGUUACCGUUUGGUCUGGGUGCGCUUGCUGAGACGCUUGGGAUCCAAGUAUUCCAAGUCGUCGUCUUCGUUCAGUUGGCUAUAACGCUUAUGAUAUGGCUCACUUUCCCAAGUUUGCCAUCGGCGAAGGCCCCUUAUACGGAGGUAAGAAGAGAUAGUUAUAGUCAAUGA